AUGCCGAUCGCAAUAGGACUGGAAGGAUCAGCCAACAAGCUAGGUGUGGUGCAAAUACUGGCCAAUCUACGACAUACCUUCAAUUCGCCACCCGGCACUGGCUUCCUUCCCAAGGACACUGCAGCGCACCACCGCAGAUGGGUCGUACGCCUGGUCAAGCAAGCCAUGAAGCAGGCCAAAGUCCGCCUGGAAGACAUCGACUGCAUCUGCUACACCAAAGGCCCUGGCAUGGGCGCCCCUCUUGGCUCAGUGGCAAUUGCUGCCCGUACACUCAGCCAACUCUGGGACAAACCUCUUAUAGGCGUCAACCACUGCGUCGGCCAUAUAGAGAUGGGUCGCGCGAUCACCGGUGCAGACAAUCCAGUUGUCCUCUACGUGAGCGGAGGGAAUACUCAGGUGAUCGCGUACAGCGCGCAACGGUAUCGUAUCUUUGGUGAAGCCCUAGAUAUAGCUGUUGGGAAUUGUCUUGAUCGUUUUGCGCGCGUGCUCAACAUUCCGAACGAUCCUGCGCCAGGGUACAACAUCGAGCAACUUGCUAAAAAAGGCAGCGUUCUUCUUGAACUUCCUUAUGCGGUCAAAGGCAUGGACGUCUCCUUCUCUGGCAUUCUCGCUCGUGUGGAAGAAAUGGCUAAGAAGCUCGAAGCUUCCCUAACCAGCUCGGACGGGCCCUGGCGAGACGAUGAAACUGGCGCCGAGGUAACCACUGCGGACCUUUGCUUCACGUUGCAGGAAACCGUUUUCGCUAUGCUGGUAGAGAUCACCGAGCGUGCCAUGGCUCAUGUAGGCGCGAACCAAGUCUUGAUCGUCGGAGGCGUGGGCUGCAAUGAGCGGCUGCAGCAGAUGAUGGGCAUGAUGGCUGCGGAACGCAAUGGCAGCGUUUAUGCUACUGAUGAGCGCUUUUGCAUUGACAACGGGAUCAUGAUUGCACAUGCGGGCUUGUUGGCGCACAAGAUGGGAUUUAGGACGGAGCUGGAAGAAAGCACGUUUACGCAGCGGUUUAGGACGGAUGAGGUACUAAUCAAUUGGCGGGACUGA